GGGCUGGCUGGCAGGGAGAGCCGCAGGUGGCGGCGGGCGGGCGGCGAUGGCGGCGCGGGGAGACUCGGAGCAGGUUCGCUACUGCGCGCGCUUCCCUUACCUCUGCCUCAAGUUCACGCUCGUCACUUACUCCACCGUCUUUUGGUUGCUAGGGGCGUUUGUCUUAGCGGUGGGCAUUUAUGCAGAAGUUGAAAGACAGAAAUAUAAAACUCUUGAAAGUGCCUUCUUAGCUCCAGCGAUCAUCCUGAUUCUCUUGGGCAUCGUGAUGUUCCUUGUGUCCUUCCUUGGAGUAUUGGCUUCUCUGAGGGACAAUAUAUCCCUUCUUCAAGCUUUCAUGUACAUUUUGGGCAUUUGUUUGCUCAUUGAACUAAUUGGUGGAGUUACAGCCUUAAUUUUCCGAAAUAAGACAAUUGAGUUUUUAAAUGAAAAUAUCGGAAGAGGAAUUCAGAAUUACUACGAUGACUUGGACUUCAAAAACAUUAUGGAUUUUGUUCAAAAGGAGUUUAAGUGUUGUGGUGGAGAAGAUUUUAAAGACUGGUCAAAAAAUCAGUAUCAUGAUUGUUCUGCUCCAGGACCAUUAGCCUGUGGAGUCCCAUACUCUUGUUGUGUCGCAAAUAAGACAACGGUCAUUAAUACCAUGUGUGGAUAUAAAGUGAUUAAUGAAGAGCGCCUGAGUGUUCAACACGUCAUAUAUAUCAGAGGAUGUAUAAAUGCUGUAUUCAUUUGGUUUACAGACAACUAUGCCAUCAUGGCUGGGAUUUUGCUGGGUAUAUUGCUUCCGCAGUUUUUUGGAGUGAUGAUCACUUUGCUGUACAUCACCCGAGUAGAAGACAUAAUUACUGAACACAAGUUGAAUGAGUCCCUGCUUCAAGCAAGGAGGAGACAGAGGGGUGAUGAUGAGCCAGCUGGAGCUGGGUGCUGUAUGUGUUUUCCUGAGUAACACCAGGUUGCCCUUUGACCGAGACUAACAGUUAAUGUCCCCUUGCACUGUGCCUUGAAUGUAAACUUGAAUGUACUGUGAUUUGUAAGUAAUAGAUGACAAACGUCCUGACACUUUCCAGACAUCAUUAACAGAAGAUAUCUCCAAGUGUUCCUUAUUACAGCGGGAUUUGUUCCUAUGUUGGAAUUUCUUUUCUUUUGUGACAUCCCAAAAAACCCUAGCCAGUUUCCUGUUGUAUGAUAAUCCAGGAGAGAAAUAAUAAUUUAUUCUAAGGUAAUUAUUAUAUGCAAACUGACUUUAUACUUAAUUGAUCUACCUAACAGUAUAUAUAGCAAGGUGAAAUUAUACUUUUUUCCCCCAUUACUGCUAGAAUAUGGCUAGUCAGCCAGUGCAGGAAAUGUUUCACAAAUCCAGAUUUGUAUUGAUUACCCACCAUAAAAUAAUUCUGUGUCAGAAACAACACACACACUCUUCUUUUUUUAUGGAAGGAUAAUAUAUCUGGCUCCUAUGUAUUAUUAAUUGGGUGAAUUCUUGCUUUUCUAAAAACUCGGGCUUGCUGCAGUGUUGUUUUUAAAAUGAACGUAAUUUUCAAGCUCCUCGUGCAGAUUACAUAACCACCACUGCAAAUCAUAAUACUGUAAUUUUUCUGGGAAUAAUCUAAUGUGAAGUCUUGUGUGGGAGUCUAGGUAAACACAUUUAACUUUCCAAUUGUUUCUGUGUUGAUUCCUAGCCAAUGAAGUAUUUUAAGGAACUUGAUUUUCAUUCUUGUGCAAUCAACUUUUUAUGCUGCUUCUAACAGAUAACUGGGAAUUUUAGGGGCCUUUGCUGUGUCUUUUGUACGUUCCUGAUCUAAUCCACUGUGUGAUCAGUUAACUAAAAGCUGCUUAUUUUGAUGCCAAUUUUUAAAAUUUGUUUUUAACUGUAUGGAGUUUCAUAUAUUUGAUAUCCUUAAUUAAUGUAUUUGUCUUCUGUUUCUAAACAGAAUUCAGGGGUGUACAGAUGUGCCACUGAAAAAUUAUAUUGUUUACAUGAAAAAUAAAAGUUAUGGUUUUGUAAAAUAAAAAUAUAAUUUUUUCGCUUUGGAGUUGGGGAAACUGAGUGGGUUUCCUGACAUAAAAUGUUUCAGUUCUUUUUAAAGGCUAUAAUAGUUCUCCCUCUGCAAAAAGUUAGCCUAGAAAUGUUGCAUGCAAUUGAUUAAUACCAAUAAGACAUACAUUAUUGCAACAGCAUUCACUAGUCAACAGUUAGUUAAUUAAUGAGUAAAUAGGUGGAUAAAAUGAGGACCCAAAUUGUUGGGGGCAAUAUGCUGACUUUGUAAACCGCUUAGAAAGGGCUGUAAAGCACUGUGAAGCGGUAUAUAAGUCUAAGUGCUAUUGCUAUUGGCUAAAACAUGAAAAAAUAUACUCUCAGCAUGGAUUUUUACAUGUAGAUAUUGAAGAUGAAAUAACAGAAUAAAAGAACUAAUUUGCAAUGAAAUUGGCAGUCUUGGAGCUCAAAUCAACAAUGUAAUUACCAACCCAUCUACUAAUAUUCAAAGACAUUUCAAAAGAACUAAUGUUAACAAUGAACUAUUGUUCAUUGAGCAAGCAAGACAAAAACAAAUUCUACCACACAGAUUUAUCCAAUGUAGUAUAUGCAGUUUUCCCACAAGCAUUUUUAAUACAUUUCCUCUGACAGGUUUUUAUGCAAUUGUCCAUAAUAAAACCGUUUGAAAUAUACACUAA